GGGCGGGGCGAGCUGACGGGCGGACGGCCAGCGGCGGGCCCGGCGCACCGCUGGCCGGCCCGCUAGAACUGACGUCGGACACCUUCCGUCCGGUGGCGCUCAACCAGAGCGAGGAUGUGAUCGUGUUUUUCUACUCCGUCGGCUGUGGACACUGCUCAGCAUCAAACCACGUAUUUUUGGCCGCCAUGCGGCUGUUCUUGAACUCAGGGCUGCAGUUUGCGCGUAUAGAUGGCGCUGCCAACGAUCUGCGCUGGGAAUAUUCUUUGGAAUCAUUCCCAACGAUAAUGUACCUUCCAGCGUGGAGGAAGUCGGAGAGCCGCGUGUUCCCGCCCAACCUGCCGCUGACGCUGGCGUAUCUGCUGCGCUUCGUCCUGGCGAACGCCAGCGCCGCCGUGCGCCGCGCCUUCUUCCUCGGCCAGUGUGACGCGGCCUGCCGCGCAACCACAGCUUGGGCGGCCGGUCGACAGGCGGCGCUGGUGCGGCGGCUGCAGCGACGCAUGGCGCGGCCGCCGCUGUUCGCGCGCUACGUCGCCGAGUUGGCGCGGCUGCGGCGUGUGUGGCGCGACGUGGCGCGGACCGCGCGUGGCUCGUGACGCCCCGCCGGUGACGGCCGAGCGUCACGGGCGUAGUGACGUCAUCUUCCAGCGGGAACGGCGCAGCCGGCGCCGGCGGCGGCCGCCUCGGCUGGCGCGUGUGUGGGUGGGACGUCGGUGUGUAGCGCCGCCGGCAGGGGCGGUCUCGGCCGCGGCCGCCUGGCCGACCGUCCGGGUCUGAUAUUCCAGUAGUGAUGGGGGCAGGCUCAAGAGGUGUCGUCUGUGGGGCCAGUCUGCCGCCGGGGCGGGCGUCUCAAAAUCGUGGAAAUGUAUGGUGGGUGUGUUGACAUUUCGGAGCGCAGUUACGCGGGCAGGUGGGGGUGGAGGAGCGGUGUGGUGGCCUUCUGUGGGGACGGAGGCCAAGGACGGAGCUGUGCGCGUUGGCGCGUGGUUAUUUUGACGGAACCUCAGUGUGAGAGAAGUCUCGGCUAGCUUAUGUCUGUGCUGUUGCGUGCACAGCUGUGAUAAAAUCCUACUAGCACAUACGCGGGCUGAUGGCUUCGCGCUGUUUCGUAAAUAUGAUCUGCCUGAGCUUUUCUGUCACUUGCUCUGCCACUGCUUCAUGCUGGCUGUUCCUUGGUUGCCGCUCCCGUUGCUGGAUGGCACGCGACAGAACCGUGGUGAAGGGCGGUACCGGGUAUAUGGGCCAGUGGCAUGCAGGCCGAGAGCUUAUGCUGUGGUUGACUUCCAUGUGGGGCGCGAUGAGCUUGUCUGAUGGGGUUCUUCCUAUGCACUACCUUUGUGAUGUGCGUUGUAUUCGCAGAAAGUUUCACCUUUCCCUGAUUUCACGGUUUGACGGGUGUGCACCGUUCUGGGUUUGUUACGUUAUUUGUGAAGACAUUUACGUCUGGUUCUCACCGUUACGCUGAUGUUUUGUAAUACAGCCGUCCAUGUGAGCCUGA